UGAUCUGCUCUCAGUAGUGUAAUCUGAGGGCCUUCCUUGGAUUUUUCAAUACUAAAUCUGAUUCCCACAACUGCAGGCAAUUACUGCAUUAUACAUGUUAUUUGGCAACUCUAUUAUUUGCUCACUCUUACAUAUUUGAAUUAUCAUUUUGAAACUAUUUAACACUCCCUUGCCUUAAGAUUUGUUGCUUAAAAAGCCUCGACCACUAGACUAAAUGCCUAAAAUUACGAAUAUUCACCAAAUCCAGCUUUCACCCCACCCACUCCACCCCCCAAAUCCCCACCCCCUUUUCUUUCGAUAGAGAAUCUAAGACUUCUCUCAUUGGAGCUAUAGUGUAAAUAGUUGAGAAAUUACAGUAAUCAAAGUUGAGGAGCUGUCAUAAGUGGAAACAGAAAAGUUCAGAAUAGAUUAAAGUUAAUGGCAACUCGAUCAUUUUUAUAGGAAAGGUAAAAUGGAAACUCUAUCAUGAUCCAUCUAUUUCUAUGGGAAUGACCAGUUGUAGUCUAUCGAUUUCUUAUCUGUUUAUAUAUAUCUUGCGAUUCGUUUAGAUUAGAGAGCAAAUCAAACUCAAUUGGUUAGCAGCACCAGAUUCAACCUGAUUCAAACAGGAAUCUUUCAGAACCAGAUUCUAUGGGUAGAGAAGGGCCAUGUUUCCAUUGUGGCAUCAAUCGAACCCCCCUUUGGAGACCUGGGCCACCUACAAAACCAGUGCUCUGCAAUGCAUGUGGAUCAAGAUGGCGGACUAGUGGGAAACUAGAUGACUAUAUUCCCAAACAUGGAAAGAGAGAAAUACAGAGCUAUCAGUUACCUUCAGUGAAGAAGCCACGUCUCUUAGCUCGUGACGACCAAAAGUUAGAAGUUGGAGUAGAGGUUUCUGGACAGGAAGGCUCUUCAGCUUGUCUUGAAGAGGAAAUGAAUAACAUAUCAAGCUUAGGCUCAGCAGGAUCAUCCUCAUACAACUGCAUUCAGAUGGAAGAAACAAAUGGAGAAGCAGACAAAGAUCCUCUCUGGAAUCUUGACAGCGCCCCAAGAAGAAAGAGAUCAAAGCUUAGACAGUACAUCUUGUCACCAGUUGAAAGACUCCAGAGGCAACUUUUUAACAUUCUACAGGAACAAGGCUUUGAAGAAGAAGAUCCUCUAAUUUAUGAAAAGAACAGAAACAUUCCUCCUAAUGAGAUUGGUCCUGGAACUAUGCUGCUCGUAUCACCAACUACUAUUAUAGAACGCUCGACGUCUCACUCUCCAAUGGAAGAAGAUAAUGCCUCUUGCUCAAUGAAUGUUCCUGUAGAAAAUUCAGAUCUGAUAAACAAUAAUGUACUAGAUCAUGUGGCUAUGCAAAAUGAAACUACUGGAAAUGAGGGUGGAAAAGCAAAGGCACGUGAAAAUAGACUCGCUCCACAUAUGGAUACUACAUCAAGGAUCAAAGCACCUGCACCUGCACCUGCACCUGCACCUGCACCUGCACCUGCACCUGCACCUGCACCUGCACCUGCUAAUCUAAUUUUGGUAACCUAA